ACAAAAAGAAACCGACAUACUAUAUUAGUUUAAAGAAAACAUGCCCACCGUCACUAGAUACGGGGGGGUGUCAGUGUAAACGCGUCUAGAUCCUAGGAUUGACUCCUUGAGUUACCAAAUAGUACUGUAUCCCUCAAAGGACAAUCCCACACUUCAGAGAUUCAUCUCCUUCUUGUUCCAUUAAGAUAAUAUAUGUCCCAUUUUUCCUUCUAAAUAAACAAAAAUGGCAAUUCCAGCUGAAGAUAAUAAUUUCUUCAAACAAAAGAAAUACCCUUUUAUUCUAACUCUCUCUAUCUUACUCAUCUUUGUCACACUCUUCCUUUUCACCACAAACACCACCUCAAACCCACUUGUUUUCUACUCUAAUCUCAAACACCAACCAAAAUUGGUUCCCUCUGUCUCUUUACCUACAGAUAAUUCAACUCCAAAAGUUCAAAAAAAAAUACCAUCAAAGGAACAAGGGUUGCCACAAAAGGAAGAAGCUUUAAGCAUUGAUUGGAAGCUUUGUAAGGAUCAUGUGACGGUUGAUUAUAUACCAUGUUUAGAUAACUAUAAAGCUAUUAUGGCUUUGAAGUCAAGGAGACAUAUGGAACAUAGAGAAAGACAUUGUCCUGAAACUAGUCUUAAUUGUUUGUUGCCUCUUCCCAAAGGGUAUAAAGUUCCAGUUCAUUGGCCUAAAAGUAGGGAUAUGAUUUGGUAUGAUAAUGUUCCUUAUCCAAAGCUAGUUGAGUACAAGAAAGACCAACAUUGGGUUGUGAAAUCCGGUGAAUAUCUCAAAUUUCCAGGUGGUGGUACUCAAUUCAAAGACGGAGUUGAUCAUUAUAUCGAGUUCAUCGAGAAGACAUUACCGAAAAUUCAAUGGGGAAAGCAUAUUAGGGUUGUUCUAGAUGUUGGUUGCGGUGUUGCUAGCUUUGGUGGAUAUUUGCUGGACAAAAAUGUUAUUACUAUGUCAUUUGCCCCGAAGGAUGAACAUGAAGCUCAAAUACAGUUUGCUUUGGAGCGAGGAGUUCCUGCAACUCUUUCAGUCAUUGGAACACAAAAGUUGACUUUUCCUGACAAUGGUUUCGAUCUGAUCCAUUGUGCACGAUGCAGAGUUCACUGGGAUGCAGAUGGUGGUAAACCGUUAUACGAACUCAAUAGGGUUCUUAGACCUGGCGGUUACUUUGCAUGGUCUGCAACACCAGUUUAUCGUGAUGAUGAUCGAGAUCAGAAAGUAUGGAAAGCCAUGGUGGCUAUAACAAAAGCUAUGUGCUGGAAGGUUGUGGCUAAGGCCGACGAUUCAUCUGGAAUAGGGCUUGUUAUAUACCAGAAGCCUACUUCAUCUUCUUGCUACGAGAAACGUAAAGAGAACAAUCCACCUUUAUGUGAAAAUGCGGAUGGGAAAAAUAGCUCAUGGUAUGCUCGACUCAAUAAUUGCCUUACCCCUCUUCCGGUUGAUGGUAACGGUAAACUGCAGAGCUGGCCCAAGCCUUGGCCUCAGAGGCUUACCAGUAAGUCCCCUAGCUUACCUAGCGAUUCAAAGGUAAUUGGUGAGUUCAACAAGGAUAGCAACCACUGGUCUCAACUAGUGUCAGAUGUUUAUGCGGAUGGUCUUUCGAUAAAAUGGUCAAGUGUUCGAAAUGUAAUGGACAUGAAUGCUGGUUAUGCAGGAUUUGCUGCAGCUCUGAUUGAUCGACCGAUCUGGGUGAUGAAUGUAGUACCGAUUGAUAUGCCAGAUACACUUUCUAUUAUAAUGGACCGAGGAUUAAUAGGAAUGUAUCAUGAUUGGUGCGAGUCCUUUAGUACCUAUCCUCGCACAUAUGACCUCAUUCAUGCUAGCUUUCUUUUCAAACAUCUUGAGCAAAGGUGUGACCCCAUAGACGCGGUUGUGGAGAUAGAUCGUAUAUUGAGACCAAAUGGAUAUCUUGUGAUUCACGAUUCCAUGGAAAUGCUUAGUAAACUGAGUCCAAUAUUGCGUUCACUUCACUGGUCUGUAACGUUGCAUCAAAAUCAGUUUCUUGUUGGCAGGAAAAGUUUUUGGCGUCCCAUGAGCUCAUGAAGCUGAAUGCACACAGGUUGACGAACAUGAUGUUGUAUUCUUUCAAGUUACUCAUGUUUCAGUGUAUUCUAAAUCAAAAUUGAGUAAAAUUUUGGAUUUUAAGAAAGGAAUAUUAACUUAUACAAUAGGUCAUCUUGUAUGAGUGUGCAAUCUGUUGUUGAAACAUAUAUUUUAUAGUAAAUAUAGAGAAUCUUGUUUCUUUUUCAAA